GCCCUCUAAACCAGCGAUCGCUACACUUCCAACCCUUUCAUUGUCUCUUUAUACAGUAUACCAAGCGAUAACAUAGCAGAUAUCUCUGACAAUUAUUGCCGCCGGCUUGUUAUUUUUGUUUAUCUCGAAAUCGGCGGGCCCGAAGCUUCUGUGUAAUAUCGUAUUGUAUCUAUAAAUUAUCGAGUGCCUUUUUCUGGUUUAUUCGCGCGCAUGGCUUCAUUCUACAAGUGGUACAACGCAAGACUGGCUGCUCGCCCUCUUCUCACGCAGUGUACAUCGACUGGAGUCCUUUUUGGUGUCGGUGAUGGACUUGCACAGGUUAUAGCGCCAGAUCCAGAACUCGGUGGAAAAUACGAUUACGUUCGUACUCUUCGAAUGGUCUUCCACGGUGGUGUCGUGUUUGCACCGUUGGUAUCGCAAUGGUACAAACUGAUUGGCACAAAGAUAAACGUACCAGGCAAGCCAUUCACUGAAGCAUUAGCGCGAAUGACGGCCGACCAGCUGAUUUGGGCCCCGUUCGGCAUUGCCUCUUUCUACGUCAGUAUGGGGGUUCUACAGGGCCAUUCCUUCGAGACUAUCAAAGGCGAGCUCAAAGCCAAGUAUUACCCUACAAUGAUGGGAAACUAUCUUGUCUGGCCGGCUGUGCAGAUCGUCAACUUCAGAUUCAUGCCGCUUGAGUACCGACUUUUGUUUGUCAACGUUGUCUCGAUCGCUUGGAACACGUUCUUGUCUUGGUUCAGUGCGGUGCCUGCGCCGGAAGGAAUAGCGGUUCUCGAGGAAGCGGAGCAUAAAUUUGAAGAGCUGGAGCACCGGGCCGAGGCCAAGAUUCUGAAGAAGGGAGAGUGAACUGGUGUUUGUGUAUUUACGGCUGGACCAGAAGUUUUAGAAGUUUUUGUAAAUAAAUUCA